AUGUCCGAUACGAUACAAAUCGACACCACCAUCCCUGAUGUCCAGAUACUGCCCGACACUAAUCCCUCAUCGACAGUACAAAUACCAGUAAUUGAAGCUCCAGAAUCCAUUUUGGCUGUUGAUCAGCUCGACGGCCCUUCUUUAGCAUCUACUCUCAAAUUACCGGAAACUUCUCCUCAAUAUCUGUCACCAUCUCUACCUGUUGCCCCGACACCCCAUGUCUUCUCACUUGCCGACCUGCGUGAAGAAAAUGGAGAGUUGGAUUUGGGCCCUGAUGUAGCUUUGAGCGACAUCAGCGUUGCACCUGAUGGCAGUUUCAUUGAAACGUCGUCUGGACCGACAGCUCAUAUUCUGAAGAGAAGAUACGACCAGUUGGCAGGCGUUGGUCCUUCCGUUCGUUCUCCCUAUGCUAUAACAGCUUUCGUAAAUCAACAUGGGAAAUCAAUGUACCGCAUUGGCCAUCGCGGCAAAAACUCUGCUCCUGCUGCCUCUGCAGCUGAUGCCGACGACCUUUUAGCGCAACCAAAGAACUCAAGUGACGCCUCGCAUUCUCCUCGUACACAGCGCCGGUCUCGGCUGAGCAUGCAUUUUCUCCAACCCGGAAUGUUUGCCAAAACCUCUAUCCCCCCAACUAGUCGUCCUCCUAUUGUAUCUAAUACUCCUUCAAUAUCCAAGAAGCUCCGGAAGACUCGGUCCAUACCCGAUAUGUCUAGCUCCGAACCCACCAUCACUUCUGCGCCCACAUUUGCAGUUACAGGUAGGGGUCACUCGCAGAGUGUUACUGCCAUGGACAUUCCUCGACUUCCCAUGCCAUUUGCCUCAUAUCCUCCUCCUCGUCCAAUCGACGCAUUUGCAGAAUUGUUGGAUUGGUUCAACCCUUUGACCUCAACAGCCGACUUUUCCAACCAAAGCCUAUUCACCCCUGAUACGUCAUCUCCAGAUGCCCCUAAAACUCGUCCGACAGUACCACAACCAUUUGGUCCGAAUGUCGUUUUCAAGUCGCCAGCUAUCAAGGUCGCACCAAACCCUCCACCCAGGCAUCUGCGAGAAAUGCAAUCUUUUGAGUCUGGGCGAACGGCUCGUCAAUGUGAUUCCCAAGAGAGUCUGCCAGGCAGCGAUUCACCCGUGCCUUCCUCUGAUGAUGCGUCGGGUACGGCUGGUGAAAGGAGUCGUCCUGCCUCAGCUAUUCGUUUAAGUUUACUCUCUGAGGUUUCUAUUGAUUCCGACACGCAUAGUGAUCCGCCUGCUGAAGCGGAACCUGAUGUGGCACCAAUGGCCGAGGGUAAUCGACUGUCAACUCAAUAUUCCACCGAAGUCUUCAAUGUGCUCCAAACGUACCGUGGUCUUCCUAUGUUUGAAAAAUUGGUGCCGGAAAUCGACAACGACAACGUGAUCAAACUUUCUUUGGCUGCCGACCAGAGUGCAGCCCCGAGAGACGACCCUCGUUUCGUUCUUUGGGGAGAGACGCAAGUUGAGUCUGAGGCGGACGAUUUCAAUUCGAAAUCGCGCGACAGCUUGACGGAUGUUUCGUCGUCCAAUCCGUCUUCGAGCAUAUCAAAAAGACGAAGCAGCAAAGUUUCCAAGUUCAAGUCCCCCGACGCUUCAGCCGCCAGUCUUCCCAAGCAGGGGCAGCGGGUGCUUUUGGCAGCUACAAUCGAACGUUGGAUCGCGCAGCUCACCAGCGACUUGAAUUACGACGAACUCCUUAACUUCUUUCUGACAUAUCGGACGUAUGUCCCAGCUGUGGAUCUUUGCCAUUUGUUCAUAUGUCGCUUCCAUUGGGCACUUCAGACUGGCGCUUCCAGACAAGACGAAACUGUCCGUCGCAUUGUUCGUGUGCGAACGUUUGUCGCUAUUCGAUAUUGGCUGUUGACUUUUUUCACUGUCGACUUUAUACCGAAUCGUGAAUUAAGGUUGUUAAUUGCGGACUGGCUGAACACUUUGAUCGAGGAUCCGAUAUUAAAGAAACACAGUGAUGCGACCGAUAUUGUCAAGAGGUUGAUCAAAGUUGCAAAGGAAUGCAAACGGGCCCACAUCCGCACUGAAAAACCUAAAGAAAACAAGUCUAGCUCAGACAAUGAAGAACGCCCUGUCGAUCACUUACUGGGUAAAAGCUUCGCUGAGGCUAUUCGGAAGUUACCUCAAGAAGACCACGAUUCGAUCCUCGACCUUGAUUUUCUUCCGGACGAAGCUAAAACUGAAGAACUUUCCGGCUUCCCGAUCGAUUCAGCCAACGCCCAUCUCACAGCAGGCGCCGUUGGUGGUACCGUCCUUUCACCGAAUCGGCCAUCAUCGCUUCCGCUUUCAUCGUUCAACAUUCUUCAACGCACGGACCAUGCUCCAGGACCAAGCGCAGAUGUCGAUUUGCCUUUCGUUGAGAAUACGGCUCCCGUUCUUCUCGGCCACCACCAUAGCGCCUUGUCGAGAGCUUUCGUCAGGACAAUUGGCAGACUUGGGCGUUGGAAGCGUGUUUUGAACCAGAAGUCAGCGGUUCGUCCUGCCAACACCCUGGGUGCCUGUGGUGUUGGAGAUCAAGCUUUCGAUCUUGACCUCAACGCUGCUCGGGAUCUUCUCACUGUAAACGGUGGCGUUGAGAACUACCUCAGGAUGGUAGAACCUCCGGCCCCGAGGCCCAGCUCCUCCGAGAUCAUCGUUGCCCCUCUGGAAAGCCAUUCUCGGACUCCUUCUCUCCUUGUUUUACCGCCAUUGCCAUCUGCACCACCAACUCCUUCAGUACCUCUAUCAACUGCAAAUAUAUACCCAAGUUCCCAACUAUCAAGUUCUCCUCUGUCAUCUCAUGUUAACGCUUCUCCUGCUCCCGACACGACUGCUACGACCACUAUUAAGACCGAAUCUCCAACUUCGAUUUCUUCGCCAUUGCCUGAACCAUCAGAAUCGUCUCCUCCACCUUCAUUUGUGGAAUCCGUGCAAGAACUUAACGAGUUAUCUCCUGAUCCCGUUGUCUCGCAGGACGAAGCUUGCGCUGGCCCAAUAGAGUCUGCUCCCGAGACGUCUGAAAUUCACCGACUUAGUCCUGCAUCAUUCAAUUACGACACUCAUGGCCUUAGAGAACCCGACCGUCCUGAAUCUUUCAUGUCUUCUUCGACUGACUCUUUCGGUGCCAUCUUGACCGCCGACGGUCCUCUUCCUCCUACGUUCCCGGGACAACACAACCAAUGGUCGUUUGACACUUCCAUUGAUGAUUUAGAUUUAUCUGAUACUUCAUCGUUGCCUGGCGGAUCAGAUCUGCCUGCUCCGCCAGGAUUAAUGCGCCCCGCGAGAAGGCUUCCCAACCGGCGCGAUUUCGAAUUUGUGAGACGCUCAGAGGUGUCUUCAAUGGGCUUUUCCAACGAAUAUAUGCGCGAUUCUGUUGCUAGUUCAACACAUUCCCAGUCUUCGCCUUCAUCUUCUGGGCUUCCACAGCCCAUUUCUCGCUGGCAGAUGAAAACCCUUCAGCGCACAUUUGAAUCGAUGAGCAAUGAUGGGGAAGAUGGUGGAGACGUGGAGGCAGCUUUGCGGAGGCUGGAAGGGCAGAUCAACCCAAAAAUCCAGCAGGAGAAGGCGGAAAAGGUGGAUGGGUGGGUUCGGUCUAUGCAGGAACGGCUUAGGAAUGGCGAUUAUGAUUAUGAGAGUUCAAUAUUUUCCGAAGACGACGUUGAAGGAUUCAUUGACGAGGUAUACCCAGCGACUGAUGAUACCGACCCCGAAAGUCCUCCUGACUUGGUUGUGUCCUCCUCCGAGACGGAUGACAGUAAUGAUAAUGAUGACAGGGAUGGAAUGCCGCGCACCCCGAUCCCUUCGCAAUCUACUCAGCAACUCCCUUUCCCACCCGGCCUCGAACCAAUUGCUCGUAACGAGUCACAAAAACCGCCCCCGGAGCCAGCAGUCCCUGAGGAAAUUCUGCAGAGCAGAUUGCCACCAAUUGCAAGGCCCGCGUUUGAUUCCAUCAGUCCACCCACAGAAUCCAUCUUUUCGUCCAAAUUUUCUUCUGAAUCGACGCAUAGCAUCCACCGAUCGUUUAUUCUCAAUUACUCGGCUGAACAGCUCGCGGAGCACUUCUCGAUGAUCGACAGAGAGCUCUUUAUGGGCGUCAAGUUUGAAGAGCUGGUCACGGGCGAGUGGAUAUAUUGUCAGGAGAUUAAUGUUUAUGAAUGGGCGCAGUAUCUCAAGGACAGAGCGCGAUGGAAAGCUGAGCAACAGUUCCCCGAGAAGACAACUGCCCUGGCGGCUGUGCGCGCCCGCUUCAAUCUCAUGGUUUCUUUUGUCAUUUCUGAAGUCGUUUUGACUCCACCUACUGAGAGACAUAUCGUCGUCUCGAAGUUCUUACGUAUUGCCUGGAAAUGUUAUUCCCUCAGUAAUUUCAACACUUUGACGGCCAUUAUCAUGGCGCUGAAAGAUGAAUGGGUUGCCAGAGCUAUGAAAAGGCAAGGCUGGAAUCGGAUCGGCGUCUUCGAGGCUCGGGUGUUCAAGGAUCUGAAAAUAUUCAUUACGGUCGCUGAUCAUUUUAAGUUUAUGCGCCAAAUUGUCGAUUCGAUUGUCGACGCGAAGCCUCUCGAGGGUAGCUCUCAUGCCGCCUCCGUGAUUAGUGGCGGGGACUCUCAGAGCGGUAAGGGCAGAGGAACUUCAGAUAACCGCCCAAUGGUUCCAACUGCUUGUAUCCCUUUCAUUGGCAUUUAUCUUUCCCAGCUUCGCGUGUUUACCAAACUCCCGGGGCUCAUUGAUGCGACGGCGCCUCAUCUUGUUGUCGGUAUUGAUCCUGUCCAUGCGACCUUUGACCCUCCAGCCCAUCCAGAAGUGUUUUCUGCGCUCGUACCUUUACCCAAGUCCAUGCACCUGGAGCCCUUAAUCAAUGUUCACAAGCAACGUCGUAUUGCCGACGUCAUCAAGGCUCUUGUGGCCGGACAGCACCUGGCAAGUAGAGUGCAGUUCUCCAUCGACAAAAGGUUGUUCCAGAAAUGUCUUCGCCUUCGUGGUUUGCAGCCAGACCUUCUUCAGCGUGCGCUGGCAAUGUACCCCGAGUGA